AAACCUUUUUUCUCUGUCUAUAAAUACUCAUGACAUUCCCGUAAGCUCAAUAUACCGAGUAAUUAGCUAGCUAACCAUUAGGAUCAAUUAGUUUGCUUAUGCACAAAGGGAACAAGUCGAGUGAUGGCCAACCAAAAGCAAAUCUUCUGGUUUUUGGUCAUCAUAGUCUCUUUAGUUGCUUGUUAUUGCACUUUGCAAGAGGACCCACAAGAUGAUUAUCCUGAUGAUUCACCUAAUGCGAUUGAUGACGGUGGGACAUUCAAGAACUUGAUCAAGCAAAGCCCAGAUGAUUUGAGGUUGAAGAGAGUGGAUAAGUUGGUUGGCCCUUUUCUUUCGCUUAACACUUUAAAUGUCAAUGAUUACGGAGCUAAAGGGGAUGGUAUUACUGACGACACGCGGGCAUUCGAGAAGGCUUGGAAAGUUGCAUGCUCUUCUUCUGGUGAAGCAGUUUCUCUUGUGGUGCCUCAGCAGAAUUAUCUACUCAAGCCGAUAAGAUUCUUGGGGCCAUGCAAAUCUGACAUUACAGUGCAGAUUUCUGGAGUGCUCGAAGCGUCUGAUAAUCCUUCAGACUACAGCCAUGAUCCCACACACUGGCUUGAGUUUAAGAAUGUCCAAAGGCUAUCAGUUGAAGGUGAUGGAACCAUCAAUGGAAAUGGAAACAUAUGGUGGCAAAACUCAUGCAAAAGGAAGAAAAAGCUUCCCUGCAAGAAUGCCCCUACGGCUCUGACGUUCGAUAAGUGCGAGAAUUUGGUGGUUGAGAACUUGACGAUAAGAAAUGCACCGCAAAUUCACGUAUCGUUCCAGGAUUGCAUGCACGUUAGAGCUUCGGGUCUCACUGUGAAGGCACCACGGGAUAGUCCUAACACUGACGGAAUUCAUGUCACUAAUACACAAAACAUCCAAAUCUCAAACGCUGCUAUAGGAACUGGAGAUGAUUGUAUAUCAACAAGAGGAUCCCGGAAUGUACAAGCUGCAGAUAUAACCUGCGGACCAGGCCAUGGUAUCAGCAUCGGAAGCUUAGGGGCCAAACAAACCGAAGCUUUUGUUUCUGGCAUAACAGUAAAUGGAGCUAAGCUAUCUGGAACUACAAACGGAGUAAGAAUUAAGACAUGGCAGGGUGGGUCAGGAAGUGCCAGCGACAUCAAGUUUCAGAACAUAGAAAUGAAGAAUGUGAGCAACCCCAUAAUAAUAGACCAGAACUACUGUGACCAGAAGGAUCCAUGCAAACAAAAGCAGUCAGCGGUUCAGAUUAAGAAUGUGUUAUACCAGAACAUAAAAGGUUCGAGUGCUUCAGAAGUAAGCGUGAGGUUUGAUUGCAGCGAGAGCUUUCCAUGCCAGGGGAUUGUGAUGCAGAACGUAGACUUGACACUGGAAACAGGGCAAGCUUCCAAAGCUUCAUGCGACAAUGUUCAAGUGUCCUACGUUGGACACGUAACCCCUCGCUGCCCAUAGGAACACACAAACUCAUCCCAUGCCUCCAUCCCCAGUUACUCUGUGUGUGUGCGUGUGUGUAGAUAUGGCUAUUAGUGUCAUUGGCUUGACAGUCUUUCAUGUAGUGUUGCAUCACCAUUAUUCCUUACUUGUUUUAAUCAAUAAAACAUUACCAUCUUAUUCAUAAACA